AUGGUUUAUUGGUUUUGCGUUGCUGGUGAGGAAGAGUUUUGGUCACAUGGUCUUCACAUGGUCCAAUUGAGGACCAAAGACCCUUUGCUUAUCUUGCUCCAAAUUUUCUCCUUGGUCUUCUUCUAUGACAGUGGACAGUCGUUUGAUCUGGAAAAUGCUUCAGCUUUGUCCCUCGAGGGCUUGGUUGAUAAAGAGAAGUUGGACUCCUUCAAUGUACCAUGCUACGCACCAUUACAGGAGGAAGUGCAAGAUAUAGUUGACAAGGAGGGAUCAUUCGCAGUUGAACACAUAGAGACAUUUACACUUGCUUUUGUAGACAACCAAGAGAGUGAUACAAGGGCUAAGGGAGAAGAACUUGACUUGUGUACCUUGCAUGGCUUGGUUGAUAAAGAGAAGUUGGACUCCUUCAAUGUACCAUGCUACGCACCAUUACAGGAGGAAGUGCAAGAUAUAGUUGACAAGGAGGGAUCAUUCGCAGUUGAACACAUAGAGACAUUUACACUUGCUUUUGUAGACAACCAAGAGAGUGAUACAAGGGCUAAGGGAGAAGAACUUGACUUGUGUACCUUGCAUGUAAUAGGCUUGGAGAUAACAUGA